GCUCGAAACCAAGUGGUGCUUUGGGACAAGGUCAUGUUAAGAGGAGAGAACCCAAGGCUGUUCUUAAAAGACAUGAAGUCAAAGUACUUUUUCUUUGAUGAUGGAAAUGGUCUCAAGGGAAACAAGAACGUCACUUUGACUCUCUCCUGGAAUGUUGUCCCAAAUGCUGGCAUUCUACCUCUUGUUACAGGAUCAGGACAUGUGUCUGUACCUUUCCCAGAUACCUAUGAAACAAAAAAAAGUUAUUAA